AUGGCAGAUUUACCAUGUUUACAACAACUCACUGUUAAGAGCACACCUAUAUCAGAUGAAAUAUGGGAACUCAUUUUGCAUAAACAUGGAAGGACACUUACUGAUAUGGGCAUUGAAAAGCAAGAACUGUCUGACAAUGUUUUAAGGGUUAUGUCACAAACUUGUAACAGUCUGACACGUUUAUCUAUUGAUGUGUACAAAGAAUCAACUAUUUCUCUUGCAUUUAUGGUGGCAAAUUUACCAAAUUUGCAUUCUUUAUUAGUAAGAUAUUCAUCACCUUUGAGAGAAAGUUAUUCUGAUGGGCUUUUCAAUGCUUUCUCUAAGCAUUCAAUCCCACAUUUAUAUGACUUAGAAUUAUGCAAUACAGGAAACUUUGAGGUAGACUCUUUGGAGAAUUUUCUAUCAAAAUCAAGACCUUCUCUUAGAUCAUUGAUAAUUGAUGAUUCUUCUGAGAUUACUGAAGCACAUUUUAAUGUGAUUCUUUACCAUCUCAGUGGCACACUAAAAACAUUAAGGGUUAAACAUGACAUUGGAUUGGUCAGUAGGGGUUGUAUUCAUAAAUUGAAGAGUAUAAUUGAUAAUUUUGUCAAAGAUGGUGAAUAUAUUAGUGAUAUAAGUAUGUUUGAUAACAUUUAUGUAUGCCCUCGUUCUACAGACUUUGUUGAUUUUAGUGAAUUUAUUACAUAUGAUGAUGAUAAUAUCAUUACACUUGAUGUCUCUACCCCUCCUAUGAAUAUGAAUGUUGAUGUUAUUUCUAAUAAUAACUUUGAUGAAUACAUUGCACAUGAUGCCUAUGUUAGUAUGUUUGAUUAUCCUGACAUUUUUGGAGAAUACACUGCAUAUAAUGACUAUACCAGUUGA